AUGGACCUUUGGUCCGUGUCCUUGCAAACGACUGAACCGUUCAUCGAACUGCCUUUUGCCUGCCAUCGUCCAUAUAUGUUCCCCGGGAAGCUCGCACUGCUGGCUCUUGGGGUUGCCCUGUCGCGAUCCGCGGGGCAAGACUGUGAGAUCCAGGGAAGGCCAGAGGAUGCUGGAGAUGCCAGCGUUUUUCUUCAGCAAGAUUUCCGCUUGAGAAAGGAUGGGCUUGCGGCACAUGCGGUGGCAAUAGAUAUCAGUGAGAGCCAGGCUGUUGGACGUGUGUCGGAUCCACCUAACAAAUCUGGGGCUGUCAUGCCAAACUUGGGUGUGAGAGUUGUGGGCUUCGGCUGGGUGGUAUUCGUGCCGAUCGUCGCUGUAUGGGUGGCGGUCUUUCUACAUGAACGGAGUGUUUCCGAGAGCAAGAGAAUAAUGAUUGGCUGGGUGCCACUGCAGAGAAAAGCUUGCCAGCUUUUCUGCACAUGGCAGAGCUUGGGCGGCUUCCUCCUGGCUGGCGUGAGCAUGCCCCUGACACUGGACUAUGCACUCAGCUUGGAUCAAACUCCGACAGCAUCUGGACUCUUUAUGGGCAUCCAGCUCAUCGCAUCGGUUCUGGGAACCCUCGUCGGCAAUCAGCUGGUUGUCGAGACGAGGUGGAACCAGUUCUUCGUCAGGCGGCUGCUGCUUUCUGUCUACUUUUUCACGUCCUUUGCGACCUUGGCCUUCGCAUGCUUUCUCAACUGGACUGCCACGAGCAGCCGGGUGAGCCUCAUUUGGUGGACUGGCUUUGCUUGGAACUUCGUGGUCGCCUUUUUUGCGGGCAUUCCGAACGUUAUUGGCGUGCUCCUCUGGACCAAAGUCACCAACCCAGGCAAUCGCACGAUAUGGACCGUCAUAAUGCAAUGCUCCCGAAGCGCAGGGAUGGCCAUCGGCCCUGUCUGUUUCUCGAUCCUCAGCCGGGCGGUUAUCAAGGGAGGCUUAGCGGUAAGCCCGCGAAGCAUGAUGGCUUGGGUGGGCGUCUUCAAUACUUGGAUAAACCUCACCUCCCUGGCCAUCUGCGUCUUCGGCCUGCCCACGGAGCUCCCCGCGGCCCUCCCCGAAACACCAGCCCAGGAGGCCCCCGAAACGAGGAAAUCGGGGGAGGCCCGCCCGGAGCUGCUUGAGGAUCAUGGCAGAGAGACGGUGUACUGGAAGAUGUUCGCCCACUUUUGUGAGCGGCCGAUGACGCUCGCAGCAAUCGAGGUGUCCAUCACCAUGAUGCUGGAGUUGUUCUACGGCUGGGAUGCCUAUCAUUGUGGCUUCUGCUUAACUAUCAUGUGUCCGGUGGGCAUCGUUCUAGCCGUCGUCAUGAAGAUAUUGAUCAACAGCGGCUUCGCUUCAGAGUCCUCCGUCUAUUUCUCUGCGAUGCUGGCCUGCGUCUUCGGCGCUGCCAUGCUUUUUGAUGGGGGGAAUGCUGGGCCCUGGACCCUGAUCACAGGUGGCACGGUCAUUUUUAGUGGAACUGCCGUGGCGAAUGGCAUCGCAGAUGGUUGGGGGUCCCGGGCGGCGAAGGAGGGCACCAGUUUCGGCCAGGCACAGUUCCAGCUACUGAAGCUUCUCGCCAUCUGUCUCGGCAAUUUUGCCGGGGACACUGGUGGCCGCUUUCUGGUUGAUUUCGGUGGUCGCAACACCUACGCAGGGGCUCAGCUUGCGCUGUGCUUAUUUGGAGCACACACCGCGUACGGAGCCUGUCGGCCCCUUUGGGCCAAGCAACACGAAGAAUGCGAGUCUGAGGAUUUUGAUGCCAAGAGCUCCGGCUGCAAGUUGCCUUCAGCUCCGGAGGACUCACCGAAUCCUUCCGAGGCUUCGCCUUUAAGGUAG